GCUUGAAUACUUUGUUAUGAUUUCUUCCGGGCAUAGGCUCCUAAAGAAUCGGGUAAUUUAACUUUUAGCCCGCAGUUCCAACUCAUAAAAAUGCGGAGACACUUGCAGUGGAGCAUUAAGCAGCUAACGGCCGGUUACGCGGAUGGGCAGUUGUCUCCCCGCCGGGUGUCGGAACAAGCUUUAGAGGAUGCGUUGAAGCUGAAGACACUAAACGCCUUUAUAAGACUUACUCCUGAACAGGCGCUCCAGCAGGCGCAGGAAUCAGAGGAGCGCUAUCAGAAGAAAAAGGCGUAUGGUUCCCUAGACGGAGUAACCAUUGCUGUCAAGGAUAAUUUCUGCACCCAGGAUGUGCAUACUAGCUGUGCCUCACGGAUGCUCCAGGACUUUGUGCCUCCAUAUGAUGCCACUGUCUGCUCCCGACUGAAGCAAUCCGGCGCAGUACUUUUGGGAAAGACCAAUAUGGAUCAGUUCGCCAUGGGCGCCGGCACCGUGGACUCGCUGUACGGUCCCACAAAGAACAUCUGGAGCGAGGACCUUAAACAGGACAACUGGCGCAUUGCUGGUGGCAGCUCUGGAGGAUCUGCAUCCGCAGUAGCCGCUGGUCUGUGUUAUGCGGCAAUUGGCUCCGAUACGGGGGGAUCCACACGAAAUCCGGCCUCCUAUUGUGGAGUGGUAGGCUUAAAGCCAACAUACGGCUUGGUUUCCCGCCACGGGCUCAUCCCGCUAGUCAAUUCAAUGGAUGUUCCUGGAAUUUUCGCUCGCUCCGUCAGGGACUGUCUGGAGGUCUUAAACGCCGUGGCUGGGCCGGAUCGACUGGACUCUACUACCAUCAGGAAACCAUACACAAGGCUGAUACUACCAGAAGUCGAGAAAAUUAACCUAAGCACAGUGAGAAUCGGAAUACCAAGAGAAUAUCACUGUCAGGGCCUCUCCUCUGAAGUUCUGGAGACGUGGUCCAAGGUGGCCGAUCUCCUGGAGUGCGCCGGCGCCUCCGUGCGCCAGGUGUCGCUCCCCAACACGGCGGCCAGUAUUUUCGUGUACUCCAUCCUUAAUCAGUGCGAGGUGGCCAGCAACAUGGCCCGCUAUGACGGUAUUGAGUACGGUCACCGAGCAUCGAAUGAACGCAGCACGGAGCAGUUGUACGCCCUGUCCCGGGCCGAGGGCUUCAACGAGGUAGUAAAGACGCGAAUCCUUACGGGAAACUUUCUGUUGCUGCGUAGGAACUAUGACCACUACUUCGAGAAAGCACUGCGGGUACGCCGUUUGAUCGCAGAAGAUUUUUCCAAAGUGUUCGAGCCAUCUCCCGCCGAGGAUCGCGUGGACAUCCUCCUCACACCGACAACUCUGACCGAGGCUCCGCGCUACAAGGACUUUGCCUCCCUGACCAACAGGGAUCAGUGCGCGGUGCAAGACUUUUGCACGCAGCCGGCCAACAUGGCAGGCAUUCCCGCCAUAUCUAUACCCAUUCGACUCUCCCGAACAGGCUUGCCCCUGAGCUUGCAGCUAAUGAGCAACAGCCUCAACGAGCAGCUACUGCUCACAGUGGCAAGUUGGAUUGAGGCCCAGGUCGGAUUUGACAGCCUAGCGCACAAGCAAGAAUGCAAGUCCAGUGCAUAAAACGAACUGCUCCCUCUAUUAUAAAUACUGUUAAACGUUUAAA